GUUUCUCUUUUACCUUUUUAUUUCUUUUAUUUCUUUUUUUUUUUUCUUUAAAAGCCAAGUUGGGCUUAUCCAUUCUUUUAUUCAUUCCUUUAUUGUUUAUCUUCUUCCUUCACUUGGUAUUGGUUUAUGUAUUCAAAGUUUUACUUGACCUUAUAAAUCCUCUUCUUUUUUUUUCUUAUUUAUUCAUUAUUUUACCAUUUCUUCCCUCUACAUAUACACACGCACGUACUCACAUAUACAAAUAGAUAGACCAUCAUGACUCUCAACCUUAAAACGAUAUUACGACACAAAACACGACCUUCGAAAACCAAAAAUGACGACGACGAAGAACCUAAAGAACUGCGGCGUAUGGAAUCAACAUCGUCUUACAUGCAAAAGAGGCGUAACAUUUAUGUCAACAUGGAAUUACCUCAGUCAGAAUAUGAUGAAAAAGGACGACUUAUAGACAGGCACUUUGUCAGCAACCGGAUACGAACAGCAAAAUAUACACCCUUGUCCUUUAUACCAAAGAAUCUUUUUGAACAAUUCAGAAACGUUGCCAAUUUAUACUUUUUGGUCUUGGUUAUACUUCAAUGUAUUCCUCUUUUUGGUGUUACUGAACCUGCUGUCUCAGCUCUUCCUCUCAUUGCCAUUCUUGUCAUUACUGGUAUCAAGGACGCUUUCGAAGAUUGGAAAAGAAACCAAAGUGAUCAAAGGGUUAACCAUGCAAAAACUCGAACUUUACAUAACUGGCGCAAUGUCAACACUCCCAUUGAAACUCGUGGUUCAUGGUAUUACUUACAUUUGGUCUUGGGAUUUCUUUCUACUUUGGCUGGUGCUGAAAACAAAUACGCUCAUGGUUAUCGAAUGGCACGACUGGCAAAACGAAACAAAGCAAGUAAUAUUGUUUAUAGUAGUUAUGAUAACAACAAUGAUGACAACGAUGACAACAAUGAUAAUAUCACUAUUGCACCACCUCCUGUUACUCCUCCUACCACGACAGUAGAUCAACCAAGUGUUCAAGAACCAAAACGACUCCUCACAACUGUACGACAACGAUCUGAUACUCUUCGAUCUGAAUUAUCCAGUAUAUUUACCAAAACCAAACGACAACCUUAUCGACCAGGCAAUAUUCCUCACUCUGUGCUUUAUCGUACUGCUACUAACGACACUGGUGCAAAUGCAACACAAACAUCCUUGGCUGAAAACACUGAAGAUCAAUCUCUAUUUGGUGGUCGACGACCUUCUCAACAUCUGAUUCGAACACCUACAGGUGGUGGUGGUUGCGUUCAUACUAAUUGCGAUACAAGAUGGAAAGAUAUACAAUGGCAAGAUUUACAUGUGGGUGAUUAUGUACAAAUUCGGAAUGAUGAAGAUGUACCUGCUGAUGUGGUGAUUCUUUCAACCUCGGAACCUGAUAGUCUCUGUUAUAUUGAAACUCAAAAUUUGGAUGGUGAAACCAAUCUCAAAGUGCGACAAGGUUUGGAAGGUACGGCAGAUAUACAAACGGAACAUGAUUGUGAACAAGCCAGCUUCUACAUUGAAAGUGAACCUCCUCAUGUCAAUCUUUAUCAAUACAGUGCUGUUAUGCGUUGGACUAUCGACCCAAAAGAUACUGGUACAGUGCGAUCUGGUGUGUCUCAUGAAAAAUCGGAUGCUAUCAAUUACAACAAUAUUCUUCUUCGUGGAUGUAUUUUACGUAAUACUGAAUGGGUUAUUGGCAUUGUCGUCUAUACUGGGAACGAUACAAAGAUCAUGCUCAAUUCUGGUCAAACUCCUUCCAAACGUAGCAAAAUGGCAAAAGCAACCACUCCUCAUAUCAUUGCCAACUUUGUGAUUCUUGCUAUUUUAUGCAUUGUUAGUUCGAUUAUAGCCAGUGUUCAAUUCAAUGCAUCUGGAUCAUCAAGGAAAUUUGAUUAUGGAAUAGAAGGCUCCAAUGGUUCCUACUCUGGGUUUAUUACUUUUUGGGUCACUCUUAUUUUGUAUCAAAACAUUGUUCCUAUUUCAUUAUAUAUCUCUGUCGAACUUGUUAAAUCUGUUGCUGCUUAUUUCAUUCAUGCGGACAUUGACAUUUAUCAUGAAGAAACUGAUACCCCUUGUAUCCCCAAAACUUGGAACAUUUCAGAUGAUCUUGGACAAAUCGAAUAUGUAUUUUCUGAUAAGACUGGCACUUUGACUCAAAACGUGAUGGAAUAUCGAAAGUGUACUAUCAAUGGUGUUUCUUAUGGAUUGGGAAAAACGGAAGCUCAAAUGGGUGCUGCAAAACGGUCUGCGAAUGAUAACCUGAAAACCAAGAACACAAUUCUUCCUGAUUCCGAACAACCUGUGGAUCUGGACAUUGUAGAUCACGAAACAGGGAUGGCACUUGACAGCAGAAUAGAUGAAGCGAACAAUUUGGGUGAUAACAACAGGACAAAUCAAGAUGAUGCUGAUAUGGAUGAACUGGCUGAUGCAAGAAAGGAAAUGUUCAACAAGCAAGCACAACUAUUCAAGAAUACACAUAUUGGACCCAAUCCGACAUUUGUGGACCCUGCACUAUUUGAUGAUCUUGCAAAGAAGGAUGCUCAUGCCAACGCGAUACAACAUUUCCUUUUGACUUUGGCAUUGUGUCAUACUGUGAUUGCAGAAACUCCGGAUGCUACUCAACCUGAUUUGAUUGAAUACAAGGCACAAAGUCCCGAUGAAGCGGCUUUGGUGGCAACAGCACGAGAUCUUGGUUUUGUUUUCCUUGGCAAAGAAGCGAACACAAUACAUGCAGAAAUCAUGGGCGAACGAAAAUCAUUCGACAUACUCAAUGUUUUAGAAUUCAACUCGACACGCAAACGAAUGAGCGUCAUCAUCCGACCCCAUGACAGCGACAAGAUUGUAUUACUUUGUAAAGGUGCUGAUUCUAUCAUUUAUGAACGUCUUUGCAAUGACUUUGGUGCUCAAGAAGAUCUUAAGGCAGCGCAACAACAACUUCGGGACACGUGUACGACUCAUCUAGAACAAUACGCAAAUGAAGGUCUACGAACACUUUGUCUGGCUUACCGAUUCAUCGCAAAAGAAGAUUAUUUAUCUUGGCAACGACGAUAUCAAGAAGCAAGCUCUAGCAUCAUCAAUCGGGAAGAACGUAUAGAAGCUGUAGCUGAAGAUAUUGAAAAAAAUAUGCUUUUGAUGGGCGGUACGGCAAUCGAAGAUCGACUUCAAGAUGGUGUACCAGAAACGAUUGCAGAAUUAGCAAAAUCAGGAAUCAAGCUUUGGGUACUGACUGGUGACAAGACCGAAACUGCGAUCAAUAUUGGUUUUGCUUGUAAUUUAUUGACGACUGAUAUGGAAUUGAUUGUGCUCAAGGCAAGCAACCGUGAAGAUACUAAGGAACAAUUAGAAGCAGCUCUGAAACAAUCGGCAUUAGAUGAUGAGGAUGGCAAUUUCGCUCUGGUCGUGGAUGGUACAACACUCAAGUAUGCAUUGGAAGCAGCAACUAAGGACAUGAUGUUGACUCUCGGGACAAGAUGUAAAAGUGUGAUCUGUUGUCGUGUUAGUCCCAAGCAAAAGGCUCAAGUGGUACGUAUGGUCAAGAAAGGCUUGAAAGUGAUGACUCUUGCUAUUGGUGACGGUGCCAAUGAUGUAUCUAUGAUUCAAGAAGCAAACGUUGGUAUUGGUAUAUCUGGUGUAGAAGGUCGGCAAGCUGUCAUGGCAUCAGAUUAUGCUAUUGCUCAAUUCAGAUUCUUACGGAAAUUACUCUUAGUACAUGGGCGUUGGUCUUAUCUUCGUACAGCUGAUAUGAUUCUUGGUUUCUUUUUCAAAAACUUUGUAUGGACUUUUAUCUUGUUUUGGUAUCAACUCUUUUGUCAAUUCAAUGGUACAAUGGUAUUCGAUUAUUCAUUGGUGACAUUAUACAACUUGGUGUUUACUUCAUUACCGAUUGCAUUUUUGGGAAUAUGGGAUCAAGAUCUUUCAAGUAAAGUUACUUUACAUCAUCCAGAAUUAUAUCGUAUGGGACUUCGUAAUGAUAAAUUCAAAGUAUGGCAAUUCUGGGGUGCGGUGGCAGAUUCAAUUUAUCAAUCAGUAGUAUGCUUCUUUUUCCCUUACAUGCUUUUGGUGGCUGGUAACGCUGACCCUACAGGAUAUGAUGGCAACGGCGUAUAUGAAAUUGGUACGGUUAUGUCUGGUAUUACAGUCUGGGUGGCAAACUUUUAUGUUGUGUUCGCUUUAUACAGUUACACGUGGAUUCAACUUUUGAUUGUAUCAUUAUCUGUCCUGGUCUAUUAUGCAUUCAUUGGUGUUUACUCUCAAUUCAACACAUUUAUCUUUGCUGGACAAAUCCGACUUUUUGGUAAUGGAUUCUAUUGGCUUGUAUUGAUCCUUACUAUUGUGGCUGCCUUUUUACCUCGUGUGGCAGUUCAGUAUUACCUUCAUCAAUAUUAUCCUUUUGAUAACGACAUUGUACGCGAAAUUGAAUUGGUGCUCAAAAAGAAGAAAUCAAAUGACGUUCAAGAUUCAACCUUUGAUAUCAAGUUGGAAGAUAGGCAAACUCUUCAUAGAUAGUUUAAUGGUUUAGAUUUCAC